AUGGCAUUUCUUCGCAGCAACAAUAGGAUAGAUAAAUUGAUGGAAACGUUGUCAAGUUCAUCAUUUGAUGAUGUACAAUCUUGUGGCAAUGAAAUGAUGCGUGAACUGAUGGAAAUGCAGUUCAGUUCAUCGGUUGCUGAUAUGCCAUUUUGUGGCAACAUGGAACAUAUUAUGUAUUAUGAGUUGUACCAGGCGGCUCGUGAUGAAAAUGAAGAUGCAGAUGGAUUUGUUCAUGUACUGGAGCAAGUGUGUGAGAAAAAUCAUGUUGACUUGGCUACUAGUUUCAAUCAUGUCACUCCCAGAGGUGACUCGUUGCUUCAUGUUGCAGCUGAACAUGGAAGUGAACAAGUUUUAUGUCUUGUUGCUUUUCACUAUCCUAAGCUUUUGUACAGGACAAAUAUGAAAGGUGAUACUCCGCUUCACGUUGCUGCAAGAGCGAAGAAUCUUUUGGCAAUUAAGAACAUUCUUGACAUGGAAAAACAUUUCAUGACAUCCCACCGGGUUAACUCUCUGGGUAAAACGGAGUUUAUUAUGUUACGCAGCAAUUAUGGGAGUACAGCUUUGCACGAAGCUGUUUUGAGCACGGAUUAUUCUGUGGUUCUUUUCCUUUUAGCUGCACAUGAGCGAAGUGAUCUGGCCACCUACUGGACUUGGAGCUAUGAUUUUAGCUGCAAAUCGCCAAUGUACUUAGCAGUUUUGAUAAGGGACGAGGAUAUUCUUUAUCUUCUCUUCAGGUUAAUUCCAAUCCCCUCAGGCAAAACCGUGUCAAAUGGGGACUCUCCACUUCAUGCUGCAAUAUCAGAACGGACUAAAGAUCUAUUGAAAAAGAUUGUUGAUACUAGAAAAGAGCUACUGUAUCAAAGAGAUAAGAACAACAACACUCCCCUUCAUUAUGCAGCAUACGCUGGUUACAUGGAAGGAGUUUGUAUAAUGUUAGAAACAUCUCCCAUGAUUGCUUUUCAACGAAACUCAGAUCGUAAUCUUCCAAUUCAUCUCGCCUGCGAAAAGCAUAGAGUUGAAGUGGUCAAAAAGUUGCUUGAAAUAGAGUGGUCUAAUGCUGGGCUUUUCUUGAAUCAUAAAUGCCAGAACAUUCUUCACAUUGCAGCAAUGAAGGGACGAACUCGCUUGAUAAAAUAUCGACUAAAGCAUCCCAACAUUGAUCAUGACACUAUCAAUGACAGAGAUGUAAAUGGAGAUACUCCCUUACAUUUGGCUUCAAGAGGAUUGCGUCUCUGGACUCUACUCCUUCUAUCACAAGACAAAAGGAUCGAUGUGAAUCUAGUCAAUAACAAAGGCUUAACAGCUCAAGAUGUUGUUCAGACGCAACAUAGGAUUCCAGAGACACGUCAAGAGUUUCUAGCAAGUAUAAUUUUAUAUAAUGCCAUUGUGGACUUGAAGGCAAAUAUGCUGAGCGUGCCACUCACAAGAUCCAUCAAUAAAGAAUGGAAUGUGAAGGAUGCAGCCAAUACACUCAUACUUGUGGCCAUACUCAGCCACAGUGACUUUUGCAGCUGGUUUUACAGUGCCAGCUCCACCAUUGGCUCUAUCAUUCUUCUAUGGGUCCCAGUUGGAGAUCGUCGUCUUGCAAUAUUAGUAUAUGUCUAUGCUAGGUUAUUUGUUUAUGUGGCCCUUAUAGCAAUGCCAAUUGCAUUUCUGGCUGCUAUGCGUUUGAUUGAUUCAUUCCACUUGGAAGUCGCCGUCCCGUACUUAAGCAAAUCAUAG